AUGGAAAGACACGCAGCGGUUUGUGUACGAGAAUAUGCGGAGUUAAUUGUACCAACGUACUCGGAUAUCGGGUUCCGUUCACAUUUUCGUCUCUCCCGAAGUGGUGCUGAAAUUUUGGUUAAUUUGUUGGCUCGUCCAGAAAUCCCUACUGAUCACCUGAGAAGACGCCCUCCAGUAAGUGUAGAAAAACAGUUACUUAUAACUCUUUGGGUGUUGGGCAAUCCUGAAGUAUUGCGAUCUGUUUCUGAUCGAUUUAACGUUACCAGGUCAUGUCUGUUUCGAAUCUUAAAGCGGCUUUGUAUAGCUAUUGUAAACAAUUUAGCUGGUCAAUUUAUUGCCUGGCCUAAAGGAGAACGUGUGGCAGAUGCGAUGGAGAAGUUUCAGAAUGACAUUUAG